CAAAAGAACAUCAGUUUCAAUAAUCACCAAAUUUGUAAAAUCCAUCUCCACCUGUUCUUGCAAUUAAUCAUUAUCAGUGAUAUUCGAUAUUACUUCUGCAAUGGAUUCUGCAACCGGCCAGCCUCACUUUGUCCUAAUACCACUCAUGGCCCAAGGCCACAUGAUUCCCAUGAUUGACAUGGCCAGGCUCUUUGCGGAGCGUGGCGUUAUUGUGAGCUUGGUGACAACCCCCUACAAUGCCUCACGAUUUCAAAGAGCUAUCAACCAAGCAAGAGGCUCUGGGCUCUCGUUUCGGCUUGUUCAGCUCGAAUUUCCAAGCCAAGAAGUGGGACUUCCCGAAGGAUUCGAGAACCUUGACAUCCUGCCCUCCAGAGACCUACUGAGAAAGUUCUACAAAAUUCUCAGUAUGCUCCAACAGCCACUAGAAAAACACCUCGAGAAAGAAACUCCCCCUCCAACUUGCAUAAUAUCUGACAAGUGCCUCUCUUGGACAUCCAUCACUGCUCAAAACUUCAACAUUCCAAGGCUUGUUUUUCACGGGAUGGGCUGCUUCUCACUUUUGAGCUCCCAUAAUAUUAAACUUUACAAUGCUCACAAUUCUGUCAGUUCUGACUCGGAACCCUUUGUGAUCCCUGGAAUUCCCCAUAGAAUUGAGAUAACAAAAGCCCAGCUGCCGGGAGCUUUUGUUGCCCUGCCUGACUUGGAUGAUUUCCGAAACAAGAUGCAAGGGGCUGAAUCAACCGCCUAUGGGGUUGUGGUGAAUAGUUUCCAUGAAUUGGAGCGUGAGUACAUUGAGGAGUACGAGAAGGCUAUUAAGAAGAAGGUGUGGUGCGUUGGGCCAGUUUCUUUACGUAACAAGGAGAACUCGGACAUGUUUGAGAGAGGUAACAAAGCUUCAAUUGACGAGCAACUUUGCAUGGAAUGGCUUAACUCGAAGAAAUCAGGAUCAGUUAUUUAUGCUUGUCUAGGUAGCCUGUGCCGCCUGAUUCCCGCACAAUUAAUAGAGCUUGGGCUCGGCCUAGAUGCAUCAAAUCAGCCAUUUAUUUGGGUGAUCAAAACAGGAGAAAGGCAUUUGGAGCUGGAGGAGUGGUUGGUGAAGGAAAGAUUUGAGGAAAGGAUCAAAGGGAGGGGGCUGUUGAUCAAGGGAUGGGCUCCACAGAUGCUUAUUCUAUCCCAUCCAGCAAUCGGAGGAUUCAUAACCCACUGUGGAUGGAACUCGAUGCUAGAAAGUGUAUGCUCCGGUGUGCCGAUGAUAACAUGGCCUCUCUUCGCCGAGCAAUUCUUUAAUGAAAAACUAGUCGUAGAAGUUUUGAGUAUUGGGAUUAAGGUAGGCAUCGAGAUCCCUGUCAGAUGGGGGGAUGAAGAGAAAGUUGGGGUGUUGGUGAAGAAAGAUGGGGUUGAGAAGGCAAUAACCAUGCUCAUGGAUGGGGGAGAAGAAGGUGAAAAGAGAAGAAAGAAAGCAAGAGAGCUUGGAGAGAUGGGAAAGAGGGCACUGGAAAAAGGUGGAUCUUCUCAAUUAAACAUGUCAUUCUUGAUCGAAGAUAUAACUCAACAAUCCACCCAAGGCAAGGCGUAAUUAAAAAAUAAAAAUUAACUAUGGUAUAUAUUUUAUUGAUCAAUUAUUGAGUGGAGAGAUUCAAGGAGAUUAAUUUCUUGAUUUACUCCAUUAAUUAAAAUAAAUUUCAUGUAUUAUAUGUUAUAUUGUAUUAUUAUAAUUAGCACUGCACCUUACACAUAGCGGUGCUCUAAUAUAGAAAAAUAAAUAAAAUGAAAUAA